AUGGCACCAGUCGACGAACAAUCCAAUGGCACUUCAGCGGGUGCUGAUAAGCAAGGCACGUCGUCUUCUCCAGCAGAAGCUGCAGCAGCCGAUGGUAUGCCGGAGGGCAUGAAUAUCGCAGUUGCAGAAGAAGAAGCUGGAGAUGGUACGGAAUCACUUGGAUCAGCUGAAGGUGGCAAUGAUGAUGUGAAGGCAAAGAAGCGCAAAGAGCGCUUGGAACAGAAUCGUAUUUCAGCUCGAGAGUCUCGCAAACGCAAAAAGACCAUGAUUGAAGAAUUGCAGCGAACUGUGAUUACACUAUCAAAAGAAAACAAGGAGUUGACCGACAGAAAUGAUAACUUGCGAACACAACUUAUGGAAAUUGCAUCAAAAUACCCCAAUGUUGUCCCCCUCCAAGCCAUUAUGAACGGAGCUCCGGCCGCUCAAGUAGGAGUGAGUCAUGGUGCUCAGCAGUUGCAACACCAGCAACACCAACAGGCUGCUGCUGUAGCCGCUGCCGCUCAGGCAACCUUUAACCCCUUGGCUUACUGGCCACAUCAACAUCAACAACAACAGCACGCUCAAGGACUACCUCAACAGCAGCCACCACCGCAAAUGGCUCAACCUACUGUCACGGCUCCAGCUCCUACGGGAACCCCGUCAGAUGUUGUGGCGGAUGUUUAA